AUGUCAUUGACCACCAAUGUCGAUGUGUUUAAGCCGCCUCGCAGAGGCUAUUACUGGAGUUAUUACAUCAUCACAAGUUCUCAAGAGCUAGAGUCCGCCCUGGCGCACCCUCUAGCGCAAACCUAUCCGGUCGUGCUCAUGUUCUGGGCGAGCUGGAACGAGCCGUGCAGGGUGAUGAUGAGACCCUUCAGGGCCAUGGCCGUGGCUAAGAGAAGGGCGGCCAUAUUCUGCCAGGUGGACGUCGACAAGUUCAAAGAUAUCGUGGAGCGGUACCGAGUGGAGGCGCUGCCGACGUUCCUGCUGCUCAAGCAAGGCGUGGAGAAGGGCAGGGUCGUCGGCGCCAAGGUCGGGGACCUCAGCAACAUCAUCAUGGCCAACAUAUAAAUGAUACAGUACUACUGGUACUAGAUUCGAUCUGUCGACUGAUGGUCUUUCAGUUUGGUAUAUUAUUGGUGAAUCAACAGUUGAGAUAUGUAUGAUUCAUCUUGUCGAAAAUCUCAACCACUUCCCUCUUAAACAGCCCUGCAGCACUCUGUCGGUCUAGGAAACUACUGUGCACAUGACAUAUAGGGUGAACGACAAUUGCACGAUGGUACAUCUAGCGGUUUGCAAACAGUUGUUUCCAUGCAUGGUCGUCUUCAAUGGAUUGUGGUUCAAAAAUCGUAUACGCAUUGUCGCCUCCAUAGCAGACCUGAUAAUUAAAUAGCAUACUGUGCAUGAGUUGUGCACUUGCCAA